UCUGGCGUGGCGCUCGGCGGCUGGCCCUAACGGGGAGGAGGUGGCGUUCCGUUGGUGACGUUAGGCUCCGGCGGCGCCGGCAGGGCGUUCUCCGGAGCUGUGCGGCCAGCUCUCGCCGCCGUCCCGUUGCAGCGCUCGCGAUGGGCGCCCAGGACCGGCCGCAGUGCCACUUCGACAUCGAGAUCAACCGGGAGCCGGUUGGUCGAAUUAUGUUUCAGCUCUUCUCAGACAUAUGUCCAAAAACAUGCAAAAAUUUUCUAUGCCUGUGCUCAGGGGAGAAAGGCCUUGGGAAAACAACUGGGAAGAAGUUAUGUUAUAAAGGUUCUACAUUCCACCGUGUGGUUAAAAACUUUAUGAUUCAGGGUGGGGACUUCAGUGAAGGUAAUGGAAAAGGUGGAGAAUCAAUUUAUGGUGGAUACUUUAAAGAUGAAAACUUUAUUCUCAAACAUGACAGAGCGUUCCUUUUGUCAAUGGCAAAUCGAGGGAAACAUACCAAUGGUUCCCAGUUUUUCAUAACUACAAAGCCUGCUCCGCACCUGGAUGGGGUUCAUGUUGUCUUUGGACUGGUAAUAUCUGGUUUUGAAGUAAUUGAACAGAUUGAAAACCUCAAAACAGAUGCUGCAAGCAGACCUUAUGCAGAUGUCCGAGUUAUUGACUGUGGGGUGCUUGCCACAAAGUUGACAAAAGAUGUUUUUGAGAAAAAAAGGAAGAAACCAACACAUUCAGAAGACUCGGACUCUUCUUCCAGUUCCUCUUCCUCUUCAGAAUCAUCCUCAGAAAGUGAAAUUGAACAAGAGAGAGUCAGGAGGAGGAGACAUAAGAGGAGGCCAAAAGUCAGACACACUAAAAAGAGACGGAAAGACAUGAGCAGUUCAGAAGAACCGAGGAGGAAGCGCACAGCAAGCCCUGAAGGUUAUUCUGAGAGGAGUGAUAUGAAUGAGAAAAGAUCAGUGGACUCAAACACUAAAAGAGAAAAGCCCGUUGUCCGCCCAGAAGAGAUUCCUCCCGUUCCCGAGAACCGAUUUUUACUUAGAAGAGAUAUGCCUGUUACCGCUGUGGAGCCUGAACAGAACGUUCCAGAUGUUACACCUGUUGUAAGUGAUCAGAAACCAUCUGUAUCAAAGUCUGGACGGAAAAUCAAAGGGAGAGGCACAAUUCGCUAUCACACACCUCCAAGGUCAAGAUCUCACUCCGAGUCCGAAGACGAUGACAGCAGUGAAACUCCUCCUCACUGGAAGGAGGAGAUGCAGAGACUGAGAGCUUACAGGCCACCGAGCGGAGAGAAGUGGAGCAAAGGAGACAAGCUAAGUGACCCCUGUUCAAGCCGAUGGGAUGAAAGAAGCUUGUCCCAGAGAUCCAGAUCAUGGUCCUAUAAUGGAUACUAUUCAGAUCUGAGUACAGCAAGACACUCUGAUGGUCACCACAAGAAACGCAGAAAGGAAAAGAAGUUUAAGCAUAAAAAAAAAGCUAAAAAGCAGAAACAUUGCAGAAGACACAGACAGACAAAGAAGAGAAGAACAGUUAUGCCUGAUUUGGAACCCUCAAGAUCUCCCACCCACCGAACGAAGUCUUCCUGUGUUAGAGAAAGGCGGUCUCGCACCUCCUCCUCAUCCUCUAAUCACUCAUCCAAGCAGGACUGGUCUAAAUCAGACCAGGAUGACAGGAGUGCUUCAACCCAUUCCAGUAGAGACUCCUACAGAUCCAAGUCUCAUUCACGAUCAGAUUCUAGAGGGAGCUCUAGAUCAAGAGCUGUGUCAAAGUCCUCAUCUCGUUCUCACAAUAGAUCAAAGUCUAGAUCUAGUUCUAGGUCAGGGCCUCAAAGAACAACAUCAAUAUCCCCCAAAAAACCUGCUCAGCUGAGUGAAAAUAAGCCAGUAAAGACAGAACCUUUAAGGCCAUCGAUGCCACAGAAUGGAAAUGUGCUAGUACAGCCAGUGGCAGCAGAAAACAUUCCUGUAAUACCAUUGAGUGACAGCCCUCCCCCUUCUAGGUGGAAGCCUGGGCAGAAGCCGUGGAAGCCCUCUUAUGAGCGAAUUCAGGAGAUGAAAGCUAAAACAACCCAUUUGCUGCCUGUCCAAAGCUCAUACAGUUUAACAAAUGUUAAAGCAACCGUGAGUUCAUCAUCUUAUCACAAAAAGGAAAAACCUUCAGAAAGUGAUGGGAGUGCUUAUUCAAAGUAUAGUGAUAGAAGUUCUGGAAGCUCAGGAAGGUCAGGGAGCAAGUCUUCUAGGAGUAGGUCAUCCUCCAGAUCGCCACGGAAUCAAGAGAGUUCCAGUGAUGAGCAGACACCUAGUCGGGACGGUGAUAGCCAGUCCAGGAGUCCACACAGAUCUCGAAGUAAAUCUGAAACCAAAUCUCGACACAGAACAAGGUCUGUCUCGUACAGUCACUCACGAAGUCGAUCUAGAAGUUCCACCUCAUCUUACCGAUCAAGAAGCUACUCUAGAAGCCGGAGCAGGGGCUGGUAUAGCAGAGGCCGAACCCGCAGCCGGAGCAGUUCCUAUGGAAGUUUCCAUAGCCACAGGACAUCGAGCAGGAGCCGGUCUAGGAGCAGCUCUUAUGACCCCCACAGCCGUUCCAGAUCCUACACCUAUGAUAGCUACUACAGCCGGAGUCGCAGCCGCAGCCGCAGCCAGAGGAGUGACAGUUAUCAUCGGGGUAGAAGUUACAACAGGCGGUCCAGGAGCGGUAGAUCCUAUGGCUCGGACAGUGAAAGUGACAGAAGUUAUUCUCAUCACCGGAGCCCCAGUGAGAGCAGCAGAUACAGCUGAGGUGUCUCUGUACAGAUUGUCUUAACUGUAAAUACCUGAUAACUUAAAGCUUAGGAAACUGGAUGGCAGUCUGUUGUGUUUUAGUGUUAGACCUCAGUCCAAUAGUGGGUAUUUCUUGUCACUUACUUACAUGUGUGCAGAAGAAUUUAAAGUGCAGAUGUCCCUAGAAAUAUUUUUAUGACCCAUUUUACAGUAGGCAACUAUGGAAUUUUCAUUUUCUUGAAUCAAGAAAUGGUAAAUUUGAUGUAAGUAUAAUUUGCAGUGGCACUGUAGGAUAGGGUUUUCUGUAGAUCACAUUGUCCGUAGAAUUCGGGUUUCUUUUUAUUUCAGGUUUUAGCAUCCAUGCUGCCAAACAGAAUUGUGGAGAGCUGUCACAAGACACAUGUCCCCAUGUCUUCUUGGUGUGUGCUGUCAGAUGAGGCUAUCCACAUCCAUGUUGACUAUGGCCAGGUGUGCAGGGUGGGAGCUCAUGCUCCUGUGUGUGCAGCAGUCCAUCCCAGCUGUGAGCACCCACACUCCCUGCUCAGAGAGUGACUGUGUUGCUGCCACCCCAGCUCCUGCUUUGGUGCUUGGUGCCUUUGGUUCCUCAUAUACCCUAUGUCAUAUCGUCAUACACUGCAUUUCCUGAUGCCAGGAAAUGAAUCAUGUUUUGUUUUUUUUUUUUAAUUUACUGGCACCAAAAAUUUCUUCUUCUGAGCUGGGUUCACUGAGUGUAGGGGCUUCUUCCACACUCAGAUAAGUGGUGGAGGUCCCCUGGAAGAGAACCUGUAAGACUAGCCAUCUUGUUGUGCGCACGUGUGCUAAAGAGCCGGCUGAAGAAUGGCCUUCAGAAGCUACUCCACCUCAGAGACACCCUGGCCAAGCCUCACUCUCACUAUGGCAACAGUGGCAGCCCUGCCCCAACCAUCCUGUCCCUGUUUGUGUUGAGACGCCCCCGCUCCCUGACUCCAUGGAGAAAACCCAGGACAAACGUAUCAGUUUCUGAUACUGCCAAGUGAAGAGACGUGUCCAUUAGCAGGUCACUGGGGUGCAGGCGUGACCUGGGAGAGCCUGGUGUCACAGACUCCGCUGUGCAGAUCUGUGUUUUUGCAUGGCUCCUCCAGGAAGAAUCUAACCUAUAAAAACUAGUGUGGGUUUGUUUCUUUGUUUUGUUUUACUCUUUAGUUUGCAUUCUUUCCCCAAGUGUACUUAAUCACCUUAGUGCCAGUUAAAUCCAGUUCACAGACUUCCUGUCAGGUAUUUGGUAUAAAAGUCUAUACCAUCCUAUCCCACCCAGGCCUUGCUAGUGUAUUUGGGAAGAGAAAGGGCCUUGGGCUGGAGGAUCUUACUAAAGCCCUGGCCAGAUGGAGGGGUAGGUACUGGAUAUAUGAAAAUUGUCUUCCAGGGCCAUGUGGCUCAGUGAUAUAUAGCAUGUGCUUAGCAUGUAAGUAGUUCUGAGUUCAGAGAUCAGCAUCCCACAAAUAAAUAAUGCUGUCACUCUAUGAUGUAUGUAAGCAGCAUUUUGGUGGCCAGCCAGCUGUUGUUCACAUGUCUGUAAAUUAGUUAAUUAGAAACAAGGAUAACAUCAGAACUCAGUGCUAGGCAGGGUAAACACGUGGUUUUUAAUGAGUGGUUCCUUUUUUUUUUUUUUCUCCCUUUAAAGUUGCCUACAAAGAAGGAUGUUUGAAUCUAGUAUUUAGUGGGAAGAAUACAUUCAGAGCCCAAAGAAAGUGGCAAAUGGAAUUAGUAAGAAAAGGUCACUAUUGAGCCAUAUGUUCUUUUUGGUUGCUGUGUAACAAGUUAUCCCAAAUUUCUUAGCCUAAGAGGGCCCAUGCGCCGUUGACGAUCAGGCAUGGUAGGGUUGACUUGUUUGCUCAGGGUCUCAAGGCUAUGGGCGAGGGCUGGAAGGGUUCAUUCCUCAUGAAGACUCUGGGAAGGAGUGACUUUCUUGUAGCUGGGGUCUCUCUAGACCCUUUGAAAGAUGCCCACAUCUCCUGUUGUAGGCCUUGCCAUCUUCAACCAACAGGGACCCUCUGAAUCUUUGUCUUUCUCCAAAACCUCUGCCCUCUUGCUUUAAGGGUCCAUGGAACUAGAUCAAACCCCAGAGGUAAAUCUCUACUUGAAGCCCAGUGGCCAGAGAUGUUUCGGACAUUGGCAGGUUCUGGGGAUUAGCAUAGGGAGAGGAAGGGUGUCCACUUACACCUACUGCCAUGGACAGGACUUAACCUGUACCAACAGGCAGGCGCUCAUGUUCAGUAGUGUCAGCCUUGCUGUUUAUACUCGAGUGAAUACAGAAAUGGCUUUUCUUCUUAUCCAAGAUCAUUCUGUAUUUUGAAGUUAUUUUUUUAAUAAAAUUGAAUUAUGUUGUGUAAUGUGCUUAAUAGAAAAUGCUUUAUUGGAUGAUUUUGUAACAUCCUGUUUACUGCAAGUGGCAUAGUUAUUCAGAAAUGUAGAAAAUACUUUUGUACAUACUAGCAAUGUCUAAUUUGUAUAUACUUCUAUUAAAUUUCUCUACAACUU